AUGGCUAGUCAGUCACCACAAAAUCAAGCGUCUUUAUACGUUCCUGAAAACGUCGUUCAUAAUACUAAGACCAUCACGUUUAUUCGUUCCUCAAUGUCAGCAAUCAAUGGUUCAGCUGCCGGAAUUUUGGGCUUAACUGGCUAUAGUGGUUUCAUAUUUUAUGCUCUAACAGCGUUAUUCACUUCUUUUCUUAUAUGGUCAGUCAAGACUAACACGCAUCCGGGAAUAUAUUUUCGCAAUGGUUCUGAUGUGUGGACUGAAGGUGUAUUUGGUGGUUUAUUUUCUUAUGUACUAUUUUGGACUCUAUUAUACGGAAUUGUUCACGGUACGUAUAAAACCAUAAUGGUUCAUUUACAUAAAUGGUUUAUGGCCAAUUUCUGA